GAUCAACCAGAUCUAAUAAUUGAAACACAAUAAAGAUAUAUAUUUAAAUCUUGUGUACAUGAGUUUGAGUAAUAGGCAGUAAAUGGCCAUUUAUUUGACUUUCCAUAUCUUGAUCUAGCAUACAUAAAAUAACCUUAAAUUAAAAUGAUAGUUUUCAAUCAAUAUCAACUGUAAAUACUUUUAUGAAACAAUUACAGAUCAAUUAAUAUGUAUAUGAGUUGAUACAAUAAGAAUUUUUUUCUAUAUUUCAGUUUAUUUUAAUUAUUUGAGCCUAAUAAGAUUUUUGAUACUGCGAUUUUUCAGUCAAUAUAUAUUUUAAUAUAAUUUAUGAUCUUUGCUCAUCAGUAUUAAGUACAACAACAACAAAAAAAACUUAUUUCACACAACUAUAAAAAUAAUUUUAAGUCAUUUCAUGCCUAUUAUAUUAAGGAUAAAAAAGACAGAACUACAAGAAUAAAGGAGGACAGGAACUCUCAUGAAUCAUGACUUAGUUUAGGAGUAGGUGAAAUUGUAAUAAAUUGUGUCAUUGUUGAGAAAAAAUGAUGACCAUUAGAUCUCUCAUUAAACGGUUGGAUUUAGAUGGAUGUUUAGUGACAUAUUUGACCUACUUCACUUACAAUCAUGCUAUUUUUUAUUAAUUAUUUCAUUUUCGAGCUUAUUUUAUACUCUAUUUUCUUACAUCUUUUAAUUUUUAAAAGUACUGGACAAUAAAAAAUCAUUUACAGAAGAAAAUGAAAUAUUUGUUAAUUUUCGAACUAAUAAAUAAAAUUUAAUAGCUUAAAAUUAAAAUAAGUUUGACUUCUUUUAGUAACUAUAGAUAAGUUUUUUUGUUAUAAAUUUUAACCAAGUUAUCCGGAAUAUGUAUACUGUAUAGGAAUAUUAUGAGUAAUAGUAAUAUUUUAGUCUGUAAUCGAUCUAAUUUCUCAAUUAACUAAUGUAGCUGGACAAAAAGAAUUGAAAAAUGUAACAAUGGGGAGGUGUCGGUAGCCCAACCAAUGCUACAGCCUACAGGUUUCGGAAGUUUCGAAACAGCUCGGCUCGGCUUAUCAGCUGAAUUCGUGUGGGUAGCUAAGUUUCCACACAUAUCUGUAGUGUGGUUGGUGAUGUACCUACCCAUUUUUUAAUUUAGUAUUUUAGGAGAAAAUGAUAUUUGCUCAAGGCAUGAUAAACCUGUUAACGAAAACAAAAAAAAAACAUUGGAGACGGUAUUAAGUUUUGAUCUAAUCAUGAUUUAAACGUGGUUGUGGAAAUGAUUUAUUUCGUAAAUCGUUUAAAGAGUGAAUUUAUGAGCCAAGAUUUAUAAUCUUACAUGCUAACUAAUCCAAGCAUAGAUUCGAAUUCAGAUUAGUGAUAUAUAAGAUAUUACGCAGGUUUUUAGGUAGUAAUGUGUAAGCUGAAAUAGAGAUGAGUAAGACUCGUUUUGAUUCUAAAUGCUAAAAUAUCAACGAGUUAGAAAUUAUAUCGGUGUAAAUAUGUAUAAAAAAAUAUAUGAUUUUGAUUAAAUUGUUUAUUGUUCUUUGUGGCAAAUGCAUGCACGUCAACACUAAUCCAUAGUAAUACUAAAAGCUUGGUAUAAACCAAUUUUUAUAUCAGAAUUUCAUUUAAGAGGACAACAAAACGUGCUUAAAUUACUAUCUACUUGACGAUGUGAAUCAUGUGAUAUACUUUUUUACCGCUGGAACUUACAUUAUAUUUAAAAGCAACAAAACGUGCUUAUAAUGUAAGAUUGCUCCAUUAGUUGAUGAUGUGAUAUAUUUUUUACCGCUGGAACCUGGAAGCCAAAUUUUCUAUGUUUUUGGUUAAUGCUAAGCUUGUUUUAGAAAUCAUUGAACUAAUUUAGAGGGUCAACUUUGAGUGCUAAUAGAUAGAUACAUGACCAAAAAAUCGUAGAAAAUUCUAAGUCGUAUAAGUGAACUACGUUGAGAAAAGUAGUUGGUAGAUUGUAUUUUGCUGCAUGCUAAACUCAUGCACACAGAAAGGUUUGACCAGUGUUGAAAUGUCGUCUCCGUUCGGAUAAAAACAAUCAACAUAUAUAAGUUAAUUUGGCGUCCAGGAUGCAUUAUUCUAUAAUCUAAACUAACAUCAAGUUCAAGUUGUGAGUUUAAUAAGUUCUUUCACCAAUUUAAAGAUUGUAUUUUUUGAAAUUCCCAAUGUUUUUGUUGUUUUAGUUUAAGGGUUUUUAAUAUAAUUAGGAACCGACAGCUUAGUUAACCGCAAUAGUACCAUAUAGUACUACAUCCACUAGUAUGAAUCAUAAACAUACCAUACAGUCGACCGUUAGUAAAUUUUAAAAUAAGAUCAGCAUUGAGUUGCAUUGUUAUUUGUUAAUACAAAUUUAAAUUCAACUAACGAGUUAUUGAGCUAUAAUCACAAUACUAAAAGCAGCAUAUGCUGAAAAUCUGUGCUGUCACGUCACUUAAAAUAAUCCUCCAACCAAAACUUUUUUUUUUGCCACGUCAGAUCCGUUGUGUUAUGUUACGUUUGGACCUUCGUUUCUUAAUUUUAUUUUUGUAUGGGCUUCGUUUGUUUUAGUCCAGGGCUUCUAUCUAUUGUUGUCGACAAACGUAAAAAAAAAAAAGCUACAGAGCACGGAGAUCGCGAUGCAGACGGAGGUCUCGAAGAACUACGCCUCUGCCUCUUCCUCUUCUCCGAUUCAAAGCGUAAAGAGCUCUGAUCGAUCAACUUCUCCACAAACGAAACUCCAAUUUACUUCUUCAAUUAAUUUUGUCUUAAUGUUUUCGUUUCAUCUCCUCAUGUUCUUUCUUCUUUAUAUACCGAUUCUCUUUUCUCCGAUUCUCUUUUCUCUUUACAAACACAAACCCUACCAGCUUCUCAGAUCUCAACCAUGGCGACGAAACCGAAUGGGAAGUCUCCCGUCUCAUCCGCCUCUGAUGAAAAAGUCAUGUUCUUCCGAGAUGUCUCGCUGGGUCCACACGAAACUCAGCUGCGGUUUCGUCUGAUCCACUUCUGGGAAGCUUGGAAUCCGAUUAAGAAGACGCUAAUCGGCCUUGAGAUGCUUCUCAUCGACGAACAGGUUACGUCAUUUUCUGAUUUUAAAACCGUAAUUGUAGGAUAAAUAACGGUUUAUAAUUAUCGCUUUGUUAUAAAACGAAAAUCUCGGGAUGAAUUUGUAGGCUAAGCUGUUUUACUAUAAACCCCAUUAAAAGAUCAUCACGUAAUUUUCAAAUUGUUUCGGUUUAUAAUAACUGUUUUCAUUUUAUAAUUGUGCCUUUGUUAUUACAUGAAAUUCUAGGACCCCUAAGUAAAUUGUGAUUUUGUUCUGUUAUUUAUUUCGUUUUUGUCUAAUGUUUUUCUUCACAGGGAACGGUGAUUCAAGGUUUCAUUUCGCCAUCGCGUAUUGAAAAGUAUUUGGGUAAAAUGGAGCGAGGAAAAGUUUACAAGCUCGACAACUUCUAUGGAUCGAGUAACAAGUCGGUUUAUCGGGUUUCUGAUCAUGCCGUUACCGUGUCGUUUUCGUGGAACUCUGAACUGUCGGAGCUUCAGAACAUCACCACCCCUUUUGAUGAAGACAGAUUCCGGUUUCAUUCGUACGAGGUUUUUGAAGCAAACUGUGACCUCAAAGGAGACCUCUACGGUAAACUCACUAAUCUAUCAUAGAAUCUUUGAUUGGAUGUAUUUAAAAGUUAUACUGUGAUAUUGGUUUCUCUAGAUCAUUGUCUCAAAUAAUAUUUGAAAGUCGAACAUGUAGAUGAAAUUUAUUCGGUUAUUAGGUUUGUAGCGUUAGGUAGCACAACUUAUUAACCCUCACUCUUGGAUUUUGGUGAUCAUCAUAGCAUAUGUUAGUAUAAAUGAAUUCGUUGAUUAUAUACAGAUAAGUUGUGUUUGAUUUCCAUGUUUUGAUUAAAUAUUUAGCUUUUUAUUUUGGAGUCAUCUAACUUAUAAAUUUUCUGAACAAUGUAACAGAUGUUGUUGGCCACAUGAAGUUGGUAAAUGGCCAUACUCUCACUGAGAGUCCCGUCCUUGACGAAGUGCAAAUAGCAGCUGCGAGGCAUCUUCUGGUUCAUGUGCAAUUACAUGGGUAUGUGUUAUUUUUUUCUUAUAAAACACCAUUUUACUGUACUUCUCUUAACAUUCAGUGUGUUUCUUUUUUGUUUGCAGUGGACCUGUGAUUAAGCUUUACCUUUGGGACCAGGUCGCAACGGAGUUCUGCAGAAAAUUCAAGUCUUGCGAAACCACUCCCACCGUGUUGCUGGUCACGACCGUUAACACAAAGCGUCUAGGAGGUUUCUAUUUCCCUCUUUAUAUUGCUUAUUGACAUUUAUACAUGCACAGUUUGAGUUUUUAAAAUGGGAUUUCCGUAAUAACACAGGAACUCUAGCCCUCACCUCAAUGUCCUCCUCACGGGUUUUUAUGGACUAUGAUGUCCAGCCUACUAUAGAUUACUUCGGCUGGUUGAGCUCAAAUCCAGCUAUUGCUGAGCAGGUUGAUGCAGAGGUGGUAACUAAACGUGAGACAAUGACUAUAGGGGAGUUAUUCUCCUACAUUAAGCAGAAGUCUGCAAAGGAAGCAUUUUUUGAGUGCACGGCUACGAUCGAUGACGUCGUGCAUGGCUAUGCUUGGUACUAUAUUUCGUGCAGUGGGUGCCAUAGUAAGGUUACCAAAGGCCCAACCUCAUUGAUUUGUACAAACAACAAGUGUGGGAAGGUUAACGUAGAUGGUGUUCCGCAGUACAUGGCAAGGCUAUCUGUUUAUGACAACAGUGAACAGGCCGUUUUUGUACUACUUGGUGAUGCUGGGCGUGCGCUUACUGGAAAGCAUGCGUCGGAAUUAGUUAGCAACUACUUUGAGGCUAAUGCUAACGAAGGUGUUGACCAAGAGGUGCCUGUCCCGGAAGCUCUAAUCAACACCAUCGGACAAAGUCACAAGUUUUGUGUGAAGGUGACAAAGCACAACCUAUCAGGCAAGACCCGAGCUUUGACUGUGACCAAGAUCCUCCCUCUAGACACUCCAACCGAAACAGAAACCUCGGCAGGAACCAACAUUAGUGCAACGUCGAAUGAAACAUCUCAGACUGGAAAUGAUGUGUGUGAAUCUUCCAAAAGCCGUGUAGGUGCUGCAGAUGCGGGGAGUAAGAGGUCGUGUGACAAUGCUAAGGUGGAGAAAGCUAAACGCCCAAAGUCUGGGAAGUAGAGGUUGCAAGCUCCAGCGCACUCAAAGUCUUUGUUUUUAGUUUACUUAUUGACUCAUGCUUUUCUUUUAAGUUUGAAUUUUACAGAGCUUUUCACUUCGCAAACAUUUUGUCUCAUUUGCAUGAAUAUUAGCUAAUAAUCAUGCUCAUGUUGCUCUAUCUGGUUAUGAAUUAAGGCGAGUGAUUUUCUUUCUAAGCUUUUUAUUACAUGUUACCAGGUAUUAGCUUACUUUUCAAAAGAUAUAGUCAAAGUAAUUGUUACGUAUGAAACAUGUUUAGGGUAGUCAAGAUUCGAAUUCUACAUUGUCAGAAUUAGUUUUAUAAAGUUACAUUAUAUUUCUAACAAUUUUCAAACGUGAUUGACCCCAUAAUUAGCAACAAGUCGGUUACAAGGUAAUCAUAUAUUAUCCUUUCCAAAAACGUAAGAGGAUCUAGCAAUUAAUAAUCAAAUCAAUCCAUGAUUUCCAAUCUCCUUCCUUAAUGUUCAUACGUUUGACUCAGAAAAAAAACUUCAUAGUUCCCAUUGUGAAAACUCCAAAAGCCUACGUAAGUGUGCAAAAUUCGUUUACUAAUUCAUCAAAAUUCAAACCUAUAUCCACAUCUCUAACUUGCAAUCAGAUUGUUUCUAAAGGAUCAAGACUUCAAAAGAAUGGAUAUCCCACCUCCUACACCCCCUCUGGAGACUACAGGUACGCACAAUUCUUACUUCUUUAGCUCCACGACAUGAUGUUUACAUAAUGUUAAACUCAGUAAAUUAUAUAAAAGGUAUCAGCUUCUCAAGAAUUUCUUCACAAUCUAAAUAAUAAUAUACCAAAUUUUAAUAAUUUUACUGAUAAUAGUUAAUACAUUUAUUAACAAUUGAAAAGCCAUUGGAAUAAAUAAUUUUUAUUUACAUUAAGUAUUUAAUAAUUAACUAAAUAUUAGUUUCUAAUAUAUGAUAAACCUUUUUAUUAACUGUAUUUUCGUAUUUUUAGAAUUAACUAUAUAUAAGAAAAGAUGUAGUUCUCAUAUAUUACUUUCCCUAUUCAAUAAGAGUUGGUGUUAAUAAGGAAAAACUCUUUCCAUAAGAACCUGGUAAGAAAAGGGAAAAUAUUUAUCUAUAUAGUCACUGAUAGUAAACUUAUAUUAAAUUCAACCUGUAUAAAAUCACUGGCAAAAAAAGAAAUAUAUAGAUGCAAACCAUAAUUAGGAAUAUUUUAGCUUUUCCCUUUUGUUAACAUAUACUUUUAAAACGAAACAUUAAUCUAAUAUCAUGUAUUCAACAUUUUUAUGUUAUUAUCAAUUUUUCUGACUUAUUAUUUAAUUAUAAAGAUUUAUAAAAACACACAAAAAAAACUUUCUACAAACUUUUUAGGUAUGUGUUGGUUUUUGCAGGAAAAAAACCUUCGCUUUAUCAUAAUCAUUAUUAAACUUAGUGUAUUAACUUCGGCAAAAUUAUUCUCAUUUCCUAACUAAUUAUUCUACACAUAUAAUAAUGUCUAGAUUAGUGCUACAAUACCAAUCAUGGUAUUUGAAGUUAAAAAUACUUUUUUUUUUCAAACCAAACCCGGUUAAAAAAAACGUUAAUGGCAAAUUCAUAUAGCUUUAAAACAGAACACAUGCAAAAUAAUAAAAUUUCAAUAUUUAUAUUCUUUUAUAUCGCAAAUUGUUUUUAUAUUAAUAUGGAGACAACAGGUAUUAAAGUUUUAUAUUCUUUUAUAACGCGAAUUGUUUUUAUUAAAUAAUAAACAUUUCCAUCUUUAUUUCAAAAGGUAGGCUAAUAACUCUGUCCUCUCGCAAAAGUUUCACGUGUCUCUCAAUAUACUAAGCUAAAUAUACUAAUAUGAAAACAACAGGUAUUUAUAAUCUUGGGUUUUUAAAGCAUCUAUUUGUUCCAACUAUAUAAAAAACUAAUAUAUAAGUUGAGAAAAUUACAGAUAUUACUCAUAGUAUAUUUUAAUAUUACGCUUUUAAUUUAAAACUUCUAAUGAUGUAUUUUUAAAAAAAACUUUGGG